UGAUUGGAGUUGACUGAAGCAGCUGUAAUGAAAUAUCUUGUAAACAUGCACACGUAACAGUCAGCAUCUAAAGCUUCCAUAUGUUCACUGUUUAUUCUUGAAAGGACUGUGCAGUUAAAAUUACAGAAGGAAGUAUUCACAUGAAGUAGUCUGGAUUUACAAACUCAAUGAACAGGUCUUCACCAACAAGUUACAAUGAGAAAUAAACCAACAAAUAGUUUGGCAAAGAGGUUGGAUCAUGAUCAAAGUACAUUCUAUGAUAAUACCUCAUGAAUCAUCUGAAAGUAUGGAGACAAACUAACUGCCAGAAAAUGGAAAUAUACAGCCAUGGGAGGUGGAAUAUAAAUUUGCAAGGAAUUUACGGCCCCAGAUAUUAAUAACAGAGGGAAAUGAUGGAGUGGGGCCAUUGGGUGAUGGCUGGUGGAUACCUUCUGUUUUUGAUGCUCACUUGUACAGCAGACUACAGAGGUUGUGAACACUUCUUCAACAGCACAACAUUAAAUAAAAGUGGAAUUUUUAAUUCUACUGGAUGGCCCGGUCUGUACCCUUUAAAUACCAACUGCAUGUACUACUUUGUGGGAUUCCAGAAUGAAAGAGUGGAAUUAAACAUUACGGACUUCCAGCUACAGGGUGUUUAUCCCCAGUGCCAGUUUGAUUACCUGGAUAUCUAUGCUCAGAUAAUAACAACGGGUGUUGAGGCACGAAUUUCCUCCCCACUAUUGGGACGCUUUUGUGGGGACAGAAUUGAUAUAUUGCCAAAACAUAUUAUAUCCACUGCCAACAUUAUCCUCAUUAACUUUCACUCAGAUGAACACAGGGCUGCACGAGGAUUCUUCGGCUCCUAUAGAUUCAUUGAUGCAUCUAUAUAUGAAGUGGGAACCAAAUCGCCACACCACUAUUGUAGCUACAUCAUCAAAAGUGUGCAUGAAAAACAUGGAAACAUUAUAUCUCCUACAUAUCCAGGAGUUUAUCCAGAUAAUCUAAAUUGCUCAUAUGGAUUACAUGGAGUUCCAGGUGAAAGAAUCCAGAUCACAUUCAACGAUUUUUCUCUAUUUCAUGGUGGUGACUAUUGCCCUUAUGAUUCUUUCACUGUAUAUGAUGGAGCAAACAGAGGAGCCCCUGUCCUCAAGAAGUUUUGUGGUGAACACAGCAGUGUGACGUUCUUCUCCUCCGGAGAGCAUCUAUUUAUACAGUUUUUAACCAGGGCAGGACGAAUGGGAGCAGUUGCUGAUCCAUAUGACACAAGUGUGGAUUAUAAGUUCAGCAGGAGAGGCUUCAAUGUGUCUUUCCAUUUUAGAAAAGACAUUGUCAAAAUAGAUAUACCAGUAGAGUCUCGUAAUAUGUAUCAUAUAAAAGGCACAGCCUGUGAUAUGCGGAUUAUCAGCAAUAAUUCCAGAAAUGGUACCAUCAAGUCUCCAGGCUAUCCACGAAAAUUUCCAGUCAACAUUACGUGUGUUUAUUAUAUUGAUGGUUUAUACAAUCAAGAAAGACUAGAAAAGGUUAAAGUCAAAUUCACUGACUUCUCCAUUCCUGGCAGCAUGCCAGACUGUAAUUUGGGGUAUGUGGCAGUGGAUGAAGAAGGAAGACUGGACACCAGGGUGUUUAAGGAACGAUAUUGUGGACCUUAUCUACCACCUGACACUAGUAGUAAAAAGUCCAGAUUGGUCCUGUUAUUCAACACAGACAAUGCCAGAGAAGGCAGGGGCUUUAGUGCUUAUUAUGAAUUUAUAUCAGAUUAUGGUAUUCCAGGAGAGAAUGUAGAAGAAGGGAAGUGUACAUACUUGUAUGCUAGCAAAUCCACAAAAUCAGGAACAUUUAAUUCACCACAUCACCCUGUACGGUACCCAGACAACACCAACUGCAGAUUUAUAUUCCGUCCAGAGGCAGGGGAGCAGAUCCUUAUCUCAUUUUAUACCUUCUUUUUGGGUGAUAAAGACACAGCAUGUGAAAACAACGACUUUCUUGAGAUAUUUCACACUGGCAGAGGUUUAAGAGACAAUUAUUCUGUAAAGCACUGUGGGAGACAAUUUCCAGGUCCUAUUCUAGCAGAAAACCAACUGGAAAUCAGAUUUAUAUCACGAAGAAACUCCAAAAACAGUACAGGGUUUGAGGCCAGAUAUCAGUUUGUUCACCCUGAUUCACUAAACACAAAUUGUGGAGGUCAAAUAAUCAGUCAUGGUUCUGGAGGAAUAAUUGCAAGUCCAGGUUUCCCAGAGAAAUACAAAAGCAGAACUUACUGCCGAUGGACAAUCAAAGCAAGCUCUCCUUUCAAUGACAUUCUGGUGUAUUUCUUUGUUUUUCAUACUGAGGGAACAGUGUCAAGUGAUGAUAAAACCACAUCUAACUAUGGCUGUCAGAAUGCUGUAUUAAGACUGUAUCGAGGAAAUGCAAGAAACAGAUUUCAUACUGUAUAUGUGGAGGCACCAGAAGAAAAAUGCGGUCAGCUCAAUGGAGAACCUUUUUUAUCCAACAAUGAUACAUUUGAGUUAGAAUUUCUCACAUCUAGCAGAGCCCUUGGAGCCAAAGGAUUCAAAAUAACUUGGACAGAAGUACAUAGAGAAGGGGUGAGCUGCGAUUUCUUCCGUUGCUCAAAAAGUGAAUACUGCAUUCACAGUGAAUUGGCAUGUAACCAGGUUCCAAACUGCGGGAGUGGGGACAACUCCGAUGAAGAGGAGGGAUGUCCAACGCCUUUCCCUAAACAAGGGGAAUCCUCCUCAGGUCCAACGGUAUCCAAAUUUGACAUACUACACAUAGCCAUAGGCGCCUCAAUAUCAUCUUUUUUCUGUAUUGUGUUGGUAAUAUGCGGGCUGUAUCAUAGAAGAAGACUAACUCCAGAGCAGUUGCGGCACCGGCGGCAUGAGACCCCACCUGAGCAAGAUACUGUGGAGGUUCGCUAUGUGGCGGCAGACUCCUCGUGCAAUACUACAGACCGACUGCUGCAGGUGGAACAUGCCAUACUGAAUGGUGAGAAUGGCAAGGCCUCUGUUCCUCAUGCAACAGAAUGUAUCCGUGAUUCACCAGUGACCACACCUAGGGCUACCCCACUUCCUGUAGCCCUCAAUAAACCCCACAUAGGAGGUGAACAGACUAUUAAGACAAUUGACUCCACCAAUCACAAACUGGAAACUCCCCAGAUACAGAAAGUGUCCAUAGUAUAGAACCCCUCAGGAUCUCAUCUUGGUCUGAUUUUACUGAUUAAUACAUCGAUAUGAUCAUUGCUGUUUCAUUGUCAUUGUCACUCAUGUGUAUAAUGCUGUUUUGUGUGUAUGAUGUCAUUGAAGGUCUGGUUCACAUUGUAGUGCUCAACAUAUAAUGAAUACUCGUAUGCUAAUGAAUGAAAUUUGGUGAAAUAAAUAUUUCAAAUACUA